AUGGAGAGACAUCUGAACCAGGACAUCUACCUGUGCCCAGAGAAAGUAAUGAGCCAGCAGUCCAGCAGGCUGUCCCAGGCCACCAAGGGCUCAAGGGGUCGCUCUGCUGUCGUGGCAUCCAGCCAGGGCUGGGGCUUUCCCUUCAGCAUCCAGGAGGUGAUCAUCAACCAGAGCCUCCUUCAGCCCCUGAACAUGGGAAUCGACCCUCUAGAUCAGGAGGGUGAAGACCAAGAGAAGGAGCAAAUCAAGAUGUUCAAUGACAAGUUUGCUUCAUUCGCCGACAAGGUGUGGUUCCUGGAGCAGCAGAACAGGGUACUGGAGACUAAGUGGUGCCUCCUGCAGGAGCAGUCGGCCACCUCCAAGGCCAGCACCAAUGACCUGAGGCCCUUCUUUGAGUCCUACACCAGCUGCCUGUGAGCCCACCUGGACAGGCUGCUGAGUGAACGGCAUCAGCUGGAUGGAGCACAACAGAGCACGAUGCAGACUCUUGUGGAGGAAUAUGAGAAGAAGUACAUGGAUGAGUUUAACAAGUGCUCAGAGGCUGAGAAUGAGUUCACGGUUCUGAAGAAGGAUGUGGAUACUUCCUGCACGACCAAAAUGGACUUGGAAAUAAAAAUGGAGAGUCUGACCAGUGACGUCAACUUCUUGAAAGCCCUCUUUGAAGCGGAGUACAACCAGGUGCUGUCAGAAUCCAGUGAUAUGUCUGUUAUUCUGUCCAUGGACAACAACUGGCAUCUGGACCUGGACAGCAUCAUCAGCGAGGUCAAGGCCCAGUAUGAGGAGAUCACCCAGGGGAGCAAGGCUGAGGCUAAGAGGCUGUACUGGGUCAAGCUUGGGAGGCUGCAGACUAUAGCCAGCUGGUAUGGCGUUGACUUGAGGAGCACCAAGAAUGAGAUUGCAGAGCUCAAAAGGAUGGUCCAGAGGCUGUGGGCAAAGAUUGAGGGCACCAAGAAGCAGGCAGAAUACCAGCCUUAUCUCCUGUGUGACUACCAGGAGCUGAUGAACGUCAAAUUGGCAUUGGAUGUGGAGAUUGCCACCUACCAGAAGAUGCUGGCUGGCGAGGAGUGCAGCAUCCAGGAGGUGACCAUCAACCAGAGCCUCCUUCAGUCCCUGAACAUGGGAAUCGACCCCCUAGAUCAGGAGGGUGAAGACCAAGAGAAGCAGCAAAUCAAGAUGUUCAAUGACAAGUUUGCUUCCUUAAUCGACAAGGUACGGUUCCUGGAGACCAAGGGGUGCCUCCUGCAGGAGCAGCUGGCCACCUCCAGGGCCAGUGCCCAUGACCUGCAGCCCUUCUUUGAGUCCUACACCAGCUGCCCGCAGGCCCACCUGGACAGGUUGCAAAGUGAGGAAUAG